GUUACUCACUUAGAAGAUGUGGGCGCUCUAGUCGAUGACAAUUUAUUUGAGAGAGACAUCUUAGUGGCCACAAAGAAGCUUGCUUGUUUGUCAAAUCUCUCAGAGAGAAUACAAGGUAAAACUUAGGUACGAUUAGCUACAGCAUUGCGCGUAAUAGUUGUACGUGACAGUUCUUUUCUAUAUUAUACUAGUGCCUUGAAAUUUUUUGUCUUAAUAUUUUUAAACGAUUAUAUUUGUCGUUAAGCUCGAAGUUGCUAACCUCUGGAAAUGAGAGGAUUGAUUAAAAGAGCAAAUACAAGACUGCAGGGGUUUCAAUAAGCACCGACGUCCGACGAAAAGCGUCGGCCACUUUUUUCUAGAAUGAGGAAGCAGCUAGUUUGAAUAGGGUUGUGAACAAAAAUAUAUCAUGAUCUGAAAGAUGAAAGCGUAAUUAUGAUGUGUUUUUAUGAGGCUCACUGGUUUUACGUUAUGCUUUAGGAAUGUGAACGCUUUAUUUCAGUGAUUUUUUCAAAAGUCACUUUAUAGGUUUACGCAGAAUUCGUUUGCGUGCAAAAGUACUUAAUUUAGUUUUCAUCAUUUGUACAUUGCUUGCAGGAAUUGAUUGUGUGACUGAUAAAUUGAAAGCUAGAUUUUCUUGAAUGAAAAACACACUCUUUUUUCCUCAAAUUUAGUCCCCAGACCGCUGAAAAUACCAUUUUAGGGCUUUGAAGGUUCAAAAUUUUCUGUAGAAGAACGCGCACAGACAACCUCCUUCCCCCUCCCCCCUAGAUAAAGGGACUAACGGCCUCUUGUUGAUACAGUCGGUUACUCUAUUCAAACUUACUCUGGCUACUCCAGUUUUUAUUGAAACCCCUGAGACUAAAUGACAAAGAUUAAAAAAUGCUGGUAAAACCAUAGCUCAGUUAGUUGGUCACAGUUUGCUUACUGAAAAACAAAAAUUGACUUAGAGUAAAAGCGGGAACAAAUCUGGAAAAGUUAUAACGGCAAACCAAAAUUCGAUUGCCGUUAGGAGAAAUGAUAAAACGUUUUAAAUAUGAGUUAAGGUUUAGGUACUAAAAAAAUGGCUUCUUGCGUAGUUUUCGAAGCCAAGCCUCGCACUUUUUAAAGAAACCUGUAAAAAGUGGUUUCUCGAAACAACUUUCACGGCAGAGAAUGAAACCCCUUCUGAGUGUUCACAAAAUCAGACAUAUAAUUAGAAGCAGCCUUAAUCAGUGCCAUUUGUAACAAAGUUCAGUGUAAUGCAGUUCCGGAGUUUUCAUCGGCCCAGUUAAUUGCCACGACCGACGAUCGGCUGCUCAUGAUCACGCCUCGACCUUUAUAAAAUGGGAGAUCAGCAAUACCCAGUUCCAUUCCUUGUUACCACUUGACUGGCACCAGGGAAAACAGAGACUUUUGUUUCCCCGAGGUCAAUCGACGGGACGACGAGGAGAACUUUAAAGGGGAAACUCUUGCUGAUCAGGGCUUUAUAGGUCCUACGUUCUUCGGCAUAUUCGUUUGCGGUCCUUUGCAGUCCUUUGUGGUUAAUGUUUGUACUUAAUGUAUUCUGGGGCCGUAGAUCUUUUAUAGAUCCGAUAUAUAUGCCGUAAUUCUUAUAUGGCUCUGUCCAUGUUUUAGAGGUUGGUUUUGGCCAAUUCUUUAUUUUCUCCGUGUGACAUCAACUUGACACUUGGACUCUUAGAAGACAUGUGGCAUGGCGUGAUUCUGUGGCUGUUGAGAGUUCUAGGUCAGGGCUUAAACGUAAGAGUGCGCGGAUAUUUUUCAUAAGGGAUUUCUCUGGUUGUUACGCCAUACUGACGAGCCCCAAAGAGGGCGAACCAAACCUCUGUUUCAAAGAGAGGCUAAGUCCAAAGCUAUUGAUAUGAAAAUAAUUUUUCCACAUGAAAGGUUUUGCACUUAGCCUCGUUUUGAAAGUGAGAGUUUUACGAACUCGGAAAUGGCCUAUUAAAUUCUCAAUCGGCUGAGUCUGCACAGUAACGCUGAAAAAUAUCAUAGCAGUUUUCGAAGUGCCUUUCAGCAGACGACUAUCGCCACAAAACCAGUAAAAAUAACACUUGCACUUCACAGUGAUAAAUGAACAAAGGAGUUCUCUUUAUUACAAUCAACGUUUGUAUGGAAAUUAAAGCACCUCUUUCGCUUUAGACGUACAGCGCCAACUAAAUGACUAUAAUAACGAAUGUAAUAUUUGUCUUUUUCCGUGGAAUAUUGUUAUAAUCCGUUUAAACAGUAGCAUGUUUUGGAUGAACGUCGUAUUCUUCAUCUUCAUCUUCUAAUGGUUCAGCGGACAAAGACGAUGGUGCACCUUCGGGUAUUUCAUUCAGGAACAUGUCCUUUUUUAGAUCAGCAGGGUUGAUAUCGUUAUCGUCCAUCUGCAAUCCGCUGCGGCGACGACGGCGACGUCUUCGCCAAGCAUCGCUGGAAAACCCAGAAUAAAUAUGAACUUAUUUUUUUGUUGUUGUCUUAUCGUUUCCAUCAAAAUAUCUAAUUAUCCUUAACUUGUAUUUAAAAAAAACGUGUAAAACAAGGUUAUGAAACUUUGGGUUUAUUAUACGUACCAGUAAGCACUUUCGGUUCUGUCGACCGCAGAUUUCUAUUUGUGAAUGGUAAGGAGAAAAGAGUGAAGCCUGAUUUUCAAUUUUCUCUUUAAAAUCCUAAAUCGAAUUGCGUUUACAUGAACUUUCGCCUGUGACACCUAACAUUGACACCAACAGUAGGUUUCCAACCGUUACAUUCAGAGAAACUCUCAAGUCUAUACAUUUAAGGCACUGUAAGGUAAUCUGUCUUACCUGUCAUCAAGAAACAGAGAUGCAACAACAAACAUCAACAGAACUGCAACCCAGAACUUGUUCAUUGUAAUACCUGCUGUAAAAAUAACUAAAAUUUAAUCAGUGAUACUAUAUUCAGUAAAACAAAAAAAUUAAGAGGUUUUUUAGAAAAAAAAAAAACGAAGCCAAAGGAUGGUGUUAGAAGCGCAUGAAUUCUAAUUCAUUAGAAGACAGAGAUUAGCCCAAAGGGAAAAGGGAAAGGAAAAGGGAAUUUUUCGUGUGCGCGAGAAGAGCGAAGAGCCACUUAGGCUAACAAAGAAAUGAAAAAUCUAAACCAUUAUGUCAUAAAAACGCUAGAAAACGUCUUCCAUCCGGAGAAGGAGUUAUUUUUGUUAUUCACAGCGCAAAUUACAGUGCAAAAACUGGCCGGCAAAACUGAUUAAGUACCAUGGAAAAAUCUAAGCCCGGUCCUAUCUAGAUUGGCAUAGUUAACCGGAACAUAGUCGAUGAAUACAAUACGAAAAAGAUUCCUCCUUCUUACCUGGCUCUAAGCUGAACGAAUGCACCUCUCAACGUUAAUCAAACCAGAGGACUUUGGAUUGACUUACUGACUUCUUGCUGUACACAGGAGCCAUAUUUAUAAUGCUGUUCACUUCUGGGACUUGUUUUGUUUUCAAACACACUUGUCACAUUGAAAGCCAGUGUUGACGAUUCAGCGGGUUUCCUUUUUUAUCAAUUAAUCUUAAAAUUGCAGUAUAUUAUUCCAGUGUUAGUUUAGUGCAAAACAGUGAAUACACGAAAUGAAGAGCGCGUGCAAGUGUUUGCAGGUGCUUGCUUGGCAAUCGUACAGCUGUACCAUCUGGUUACAUCAUUAAAACAUCGUUACUAACACCUGAUGUGUUCCAUCAAAUAGCAAAAGAAAAACGGAUCUCGAAUAACGAAACAGUACUUUUUUUUCGAUAUGCUAAAGGAUUGCAUAUUGGGUAAAAAAGGGUUUUUUUUACAUUCAAUGAACACCUCCACAUCCUGUCACGCUCCGCCUGUGUUUAAACCUUCAACGAUUUUUAACACCUCUUCACGAUUUUCACUUAUAUCAUUUUUAUGUAAAAAGUACUUAAUAGUUUUUAGCUCCUUAGGGAAAAAAUUGCAAUCUUCAAACAAACGUAACAAUUCGAAAAUACUGAAAGGACUUGAAACCCUUUUCGCAAAGUAAAUAUUGCGUCGUCAAAUUCGAUUCUGUAACUAGUCACACUGACUAUCACACCUGUUAUCUGGGUGUGUCUCAGCUGCUCAAGAAUUCAUCCAUUUUACUAAAGUUUUGUGUGCUAAUGAAGAACUUGUUGACAGAACACAUUAAAAAAUUCACCAGUAAACCUUUUAAACCGGUCCGGACAUACUUUUGAACGAACAAAAACUUUAACCGUACCAGGUUUUUCAAGGGCAGACAGUACUAUAAUAUAUAGAUUUAGCCAGGACUAAAAACGAAGCUCCUUUUAAUAUUCAUAUAGAUUCCUCAACGAAAAUAUAAAAUCGAGUAAUACUUAAGACAAGUUGAAAGCAACGAGAACGGUAAAAAAGAUCUAAAUUCACCAAAAAAACAACUUUGCACGUGCAGCACAUUUUUUUGUACAUUUCCUUGCCUUUAUUUUGCACGACUAAAACGUGAAACUUCUUUUAGCUUCCAAUUUACACGUUUUAUGGAGGAAAUGUUUGUGUUUCUGUUCACUUUGUUUUUUCACUGCCGCUUAUUUUCACAUAGGUAGCCGCUAGCAUUUCUCAUUUUCUAAUCGCUGCUAUAUAAUUUUCAUGUUUUUCUUCCAACGAAAUUAGUCUCCGUUGUUAUUUAUUUCUCGCCCCUAGCUCUUUCCCUGUUAUCUAAGAUAAUGAAGACAUUAAAACUUACUGGAAAGAAAGACUCAUUUCUUUUUUUUUUUUCUCUAAAAGCCCGGACGGCUGGGCGAUCUACCGCCGAAACGAGCGAGGUGCUCGAAAUGAAAAAUUUCACCUCAGCUGUAACAUACUCCUCCGCCGACGGGCUGACACUUGUGAUUCCCCUCCCUCACCCCUAAAGAGUGCGAGGACGGACGGAGUACGCUGAUGUCAUAACCAAAUUUUCUCGGAUGGGUAGAUAACUAAAUUUUCUUACCCAUGGUACUCCGCUGCGCGCGCUUCGCGCGCGAGAGCUCGGUGUAAACCACUAAAAUACGCUUUUUGUUGCUAUCAACAGCAGUCAAGGAUCUGGGCCAUCUCUCUUGGUCAGGUAAGAGAUAAUUCGUUUUUUAAGUUACAAGAGAGAAAGUGAAACAAAGCCACUUUUAAUCGCGACAGAUCACAAAACCAGAAUUUAAAAGAUAACAGUCACAGUUUUUGCCACCGUUUUCAAGUCAUUUUUUAGAUGACAAUAACCACACACUUGCUACAUUGAAAUUAUGCCAUACUGGCGGAAAAUGCGCGGGCAUAAUAAGACCAGAGGGAUGGAGUGGGGAAAGAAACUCAAGGAACUACAUCGCAGCCGAUAUUCGACCAGUUUUGCCUGCGUUCCUGGACUUUUUUCACAGUCUAAGUAUCUUAUAGAUUUUAUCUUGCGGAGGAGGAAGCAAUUUGGCUUUUUUUUCUUCACUAAAGAGAAUUCCCCAUGUUUCAUGGUAAAUCAAUCUUCAUGUGAUAUGUGAACUGGACUGGACUAUUUAAUACAAGAAUUUACUCAGGUGUCUGCUGCUUCAUUGGUCUUACUAGAUUAUUACAACCGUGAUGAUACACACAUACUUUAUUAUAAAAUAACUUUAACAUGGUGUCCGUAGUCAAUUAUUUGUAGAUUUAUCAUAUUACUACAAAUAAUGACAGAAAAAAAAAAAUCAAAGAGGCUAUGACUGAUGUACACCUGUAAGAGUUCCUCGUUGUUUGUUGAUGAUUUUUUUGUUUUUGCUCUCAGGAGGACCGUCCGCUGCCAGAUUUGCUGGAAACCAGCUCGUUAACUUACUAAGUCUCCUGAAUGAUCAUAAUGAGCCUACUGUUCUAAAAAUGGUAGGAAGUCAGUAAUACCUAAACUCCGACACAUAUACCCCGUAGAGGAGAGUGGAUUUAUAUACUUUAUCUCUUAACUGCGGUACACUUGUACAACAUUGGAAACCUACACAUUUCAAAGAGGAGCUAGUUUUUCAAACUGACGGUCUAUUAAAGUCAAAGAAUAAGUUGAUUUUUAAGCAUUUGCUCUUUGGUCAUACACAUAUAUACUUAUGAUGAUUUAGUACUGCACGAUAACUAAUUAUAAAGUGGUUUAAGUAGUCGCUUUUACAUUUUGAAAAAGACUAUCCACGCUGUUUUGCUAAUUAUGUCAUAUGUAAAUAUCCAUUUAGUUUACAGUUCAAGCAAUCAGUGAAAUUUGCUGCGCCAACAAGGAAAAUCAAGAUAAAGCGAGGUAUGAUAAAUUCAUUAUAUUAUUAUAUUAUUAUGAAGUAUCUGCGACUGGCCAAUGAUGCGAACGAUGCGUUGUUAGUGGAUUAUCCAAUCCAGCAAGUGAAUAGUCAGACGCGAGACGUUUUUGGAUGUACAGCCGAACCGUGCGACCACUCUCAUAGCAUGUCAUAAGCGACUACAUAUUCAAAACACCAAAAUUUUCCCAGACAAAGCACCACUGUUUGGAACCUCUUAACUAAUAAACCACUGAACGACCUCCCUUCAUAAGCCAUCUCGACCACUUUUUGCCCACUAUUUGUUUUGAAUUCUCGCUUUUUAAAACUUUGUCGCACUUAUUCCAUCUCGUCGUCAAAUAUUGGCAAAUUCUUCUGGUAAUAAAUUGUAAAGACUAUCUAAGUUCAGGAAAAGAAAAAGAAAGUCGUCGUCUUGUGUUUUCGUCCUCUAUAAAACGUGACAUUAGCCACUUUCACCUCGUAGUCGUGUAGUGACGGCAAAGAGAUGUACGAAAAAGCGUGAUCCACGUGCUCAUUGCUUUUUUGAGGCCACAGCGAGGGUUUCCAAAUGUGGUACUCAGAAAUAUGAAUAUUCAAGAGCACUAAACGCGAGUUACACGUUUCCAACCCCUUAUGAGUUUCUGUUGUAACUCAUAGGUAAGCCAGGCUCUGUGUUAGGGCCACAGUAUGAUUCCAGUAAAUUUACAGUGUUUGUAUGGGGUAAAAAUACGAUCCUUUAAUUUGUAGAAAAUACUAAACAAAUAAAAGUCAAUGAAACUUACUCGACUUACUCUGCAGUUAUUUUCUGUUGUCCUUAAUGCUCUCACGAAGUUUCGUGAUAAUUUGUCAAAUUCACCCUCUAUAAAAUAACACCAAACUUUAAGGACAAAAACUACUAACUGCAGAGCAAGUUUCAUUGGCUUUUAUUUAGGAUCUUACUGUGGUACGGCUACCACAGAAACUGGCUAUCUGUAACUCACAAGUCUUAUUUAUUCAAUGGAUAGACUUAGUUGAGGUCAAGAAAUAUUGAUCUUCCCGUUACACCUUGGUAUUUGCUGUGGUCACUUACGAUACUUAGGUUCUUAAUGUUUUUUUUUUACUGCAAUUGUUACUGCUUGGUGAUGGAGCAGCAUAUGACCGGCGAGUUUCAGCCCCACAGCUUAUCUGCGUCCGAAUUCUGUUAAAAUAUGUCUAUCACAUCCAUUACCAGACUAGUACAUUGCCAAAUACAAACCCGCUGGUAGUCUUAGCAUUUCUCUGAGGAUCGAUCCCUUUUCGUUGUAGGUUCUACGGAUUAAUUGACAAACUCACUGAGAUGCUAUGUACAACUGAACUUGACUUGUCUUCUUUGGUAAGAAAAGAAUUUGAGACAUGCUUAAAUACGCGUACGUUCAACGCAUGAAGUUCUCAUUAUUUAUUGACCUUGUUUCGUCGUUAGUCAUAACCGUUACAAUUUCCUCACAUUUGAUUGGUGCACAGACAGCCUUAUUUUUCACUGACUAUUGUGUAGGAUUGUAAUCGGACAGUUGGCUGUACUGAAUUGGACAGUUACACCAGCCAAUCACAUUUAGUGCACUCGGUUAAAUCCACCAAUCACAGAAUUUAUCACAAUAACCUUAGCAAGAAAAUGCAAGAACUUCUUCCUUACAAAACUUGGAAUUUUCCAAAAUGGACGAAUUUAUAUGAUUUGUAACAUUAGACUCGUCGUGUAGUCCAAUUGAGUCUGUAAUCUACUCGUGAUUAAACACUGCUAAUCUGGUAAUCACUCGUAUGAUUACAGCCGGAUUACAGACCGAAUUGGACUCUACUCCGUCCCAUUACCAUUACUUUACAAACUAAUUGUGACAAGUGAGUAAGACUGCCGGCCACAACUGACGUGGAUCUGACAAUCGUUAACCUGCUGAAUCUCGGACGGAUGGAUAAAUACUUUCUUUUUUCGCGUUUUCUAGAGGCGCUCUAUUACCGCUUGUUUACUGACGCUCUCUUGUGAGAAUCUCGAAAAUCAAAAGACUCUUCUUCAUACAACUGGACUUCAGGUAAUUGAUAAUAUCCCAAUAGAAAAUACACAGACUAAUGUGCAUGCACACCAAGCGACACUGCCUACAUGGAGCUAGUAUCAAAUUAGAAUUGAGAGAUGUCUUUAUCAUGUAAGAGAGUAUAUAUUGUGGUUACUCUGCUGUUAACUGUAGGAGCACUUGGCCUCAGUCUCUUUUGAAAACUGGAGUGCUUGGGAGGAGAAUGAAGCUGCUCAGUUGAUGAAGUUUCUUGGGCUUGAUCGGACAGGUGAGCGAUUUGAUAUAGGUGCGCAAUCAUUAUAUAAAUGUUCAUGUUGUGUAACCACAAUAAAGAUUUUUCUAGCCUGUUCACAGACCCUCUAUUUUCUCUUCUCAGUCCGUCGAGCGCGCGUGAUAAAAAACAAAAAACCGCGGGGGAUUUAUUGACCGCCAGCGCAAGAGGGUAGGGGUGGGGGAAGACGAAAUUAGACGCUCUCCGCUCUCCGCUCUCCGCACUCGUUCUCGCGCUCGUUCUCGCGCUGGCCGAUGUUUUGGAAAAGAACGAAAAGAAAAAUAAAACAACGUCUGUGAAAAGGCUACGAUUUUUCAAUCGCACUCAGUUGGAUUUCAGCAUCCCGCACUUUACAGUUUCUAAAUUUCUUAAGGUAAUUGCCAAACCAAACAGUCGGAAACAAGAAGAAUUAACGGGAUAAAAUAGAACGAUACUGUUCGAUUGAAACAAGUUUCCAGUCGAAUCGAAGCGAUCCAUUGGCGUUUCGACCGAAAUUGAAAGACUGAAAACGAAAGUUUAGGUCCGACUGAUCAAAGAGGACUAGCCUGCGAUUGAGCAAGCUCUCCCGGAGUGCUCUGGCGGCGAGGCAAAUCAAAGAAAGACUAUCGUCAACUCGUGGGUACGUUGUUUAGAAAGUAAUCAAUUAGUUAUCACCACUGGUUUUCCCACAGUGAAUUUUAGGAAAUGAUAGAAAUUCAUAUUAUAAAUAUACUAUCCUUGUUCUGGAAACACAAUACUUUUCUUGCUGUUUAUUGCACUUUAGUAACAGUUAUUUAACUAUAUUUAAAAACAAAACAAAAAAAAAACAGCAAAACAAAAUAAGCAAACAAGACAAAACAAAAAAGAAAAAAAAAAAGGAAGAAGGGAAAAAGAAGGUCUUAGCAGGAUUUGAACCCGCUACCUUCGGUUUGACCCGACUUCACACAGCCACUACGCCAUUGAGGAUGGUCACGUGAUUUAGCGAAAAGUCUCAGAUUUAAUGCUUUUUCCAUGGAACUUCCGCCGGCAAACGAUCGAGCCAUAAAAACGACUCGAAGCAAUGGGAUGAAAUUAAGGCUAAUUGCAACCAGGCUACUGACAGUAAAAAACAAUAAAAAUGUAAACGCAUUUCAUGGCAAUGAAUCGAAAGAACAUAUGCGAUACAAAGCCGACACAACUCCUCCGCGAAGUAGGACGUAAAACAUUAGCUUAUGUUUCCUUAUCUCGAAGAAGAAGAAGAAGAAGAAGAAGAAGAAGAAGUGCCUUUCUUUACCAUACAUUUCACCAGUCCGUAUUUUAUAGUCCGUAUUUUAUACCCAGACCGCAGUCCGUAGUCCGCAGUCCGUGUUUUAUACUGACCGCCAAAAAUUCAUUCAUACACAUAACCUACUACAUUACUACAAGGUAGGAGAUCAAGCCAGCGUCGAAGUUGAAGGAGUCGAAGAGCAAAUGUUCAUCUUCUUGUCAAGUUUAACGCCUGGACGGGUCAAAGGCUUUUGAAUCGUACAAAUUUGAAAGAUUCCUGCCUGUCUUAAAUUUGGUAAGACCUCUAUCCUAACCGUGUUGUAGCGCACGAUGCACGCUCGCAGCGAGGAAUUUGAUGCUACCGAACUUCGGCGAGCGCGUGCUUCUUUGGAAACGAUAGAUCUUCGCGCUCUCGAGUUCGGACCCGAUUAAUUACGAAGUGCGUCUACUAGGAGUGAGUGAGUGACUCAUUUGCAUAUCUCAGUCCCUGCAAUAACUCGUGGUACGCUCGCGCGUACCCACGAGUUAAAAAUGAGGGAGAACCCCAGAAGAGCCUGCUCGCGGGAUAGAGGGGACCUUCACUGGGGGUGGACCACUUUGACGGAAAAAUUUCGACUCGAACCGAAGCGUUCCAUUUAUUUCUCGAUAGAGUUUUGCCAUAAUGGAAAGCAGCCGUUGUCUUCUCGAGUCGGGAGCGGUUCUAUUUUCUUCAACCGUCCCAGAUUUUUCCAUGGUCAGCGAUAAUAUUAAUUCGCCUCGGUAUUACACCCAGUCUGAUCAUGAAAAUGUAGUUAAAAAAAUUGUCGCAAAUUCACUGAAACCUACAAAAAAGGAGAAGACGGAAAAAAGCCCUAAAAUCAUACGUAAGGAGCAAAGGAAAUAACAUCCGGGUGGAAAGGAAGGAAAAAGAAAAAAAAAAGUAAUUUUUUGAACUCUCAGUUUUUAUAUUGGCCACUUUGGAGGUCUCUUUUAGCUGACCAGAUAGUUAUGACAAGAUAUGAAAUUUAUAAUAUUUGAACUGCGUAGUAAAGCGAAUUUAAAAAACACUGGAAUAAUCCUUGCAGUUCUUUUACACAACCGAAGGGGCUAAAUCACACCAUUUGUUAUAAGUAUAUUAUUAAAAAGAUGAAACCUGUCUUUGCAUCAAUUGAAAUCUAAACUCAAACUGUUUUCUGUCGUCUGUUAUAUUUACGGAUGGCAACUAAGUUCUCCCUGAAGAAAUUUGUUUGACAUCUUCAUAACUCCACAGGAGCUUUUUGUGUAUGGCCGGCAGUAAGCACCAAGAGCACAGAAUUCAUCAAAGGCCUAGCUUGCAGUGCAGGCGUAUUUUGGGUGGGCGAAAGCUGCUUGGUUUUGUUCGUACUGUUGUAACCGCUAUCUUUGAUGUUAUGACGGAGGAAGAUUAGGUUGCCCAAUUUUCUCCUCUCUUUUCGAGUUUCAACAUUGCGCUUUCGCGAGCAAAACAUUCGCCCGCCCGAUGAAAAUGCCUGCACUGCAGGCUAUCAAAGGCCAGUUUCAGACGCUGAACUUUUCAGUCGAUGUAAUUUUAAAGCCGGAAAAUUUCCGUUUUUUCACAAGUGUAUCCACAGCAUUUGGGACAGACAUCUGAGGUUCUUUCUGGUAUCUGGCAUAGUCGGAAAUGGUAAACUCCCUCGUCCCUUCCGGAUCACUUCCAUUCCCGAUAUAUGAACUUACCAUCACACGGAACCGGACGAAUUUUGGACGGGUGGAAAAUUCGUGCGUUUCGUUGUUCCGUUCACACAAAAUUUAGACGCAUAGCCGUUCAAAGGUCCAUGUGAACAGAGCCAAAAUAUUAAACGGCCCCGCGAACGUAGUCAUAGAUUUUGAGUAGUAGCUCCAAAACCAAAAUUGAUAAACUACAACUGGAAUCCAAUUUCGAAAACCUCCUAAUAAUUCGAACCAAAACCCACUUCUCUGCUAUAAUUUCACGUCCGAAUCAAAUUUCGUUCUCCUUGGACAUUCGAAAAAUCAGGAUUCCACGUUUUAGUUUAACCUGCGUGAAAGGUGGUCGAAAGGGAAGGGAAAGGAAAGGACAUUUUGGGCGCGCAGGCGCAGGCUACUUUGAAGGUCAUACGCAGACGGAGACUAUUUGUUUUCCAGAAUCAACCCUUCUACCGGGAAAGCUGAAGCUUUUCCGGCCAUUAACCCGCGAAACAGGACCAAAAAAGCGGGAAAUAACCACAUCUUUUCUUUACAGUUGACAGGGGGUCCAGAUGGUCAAAGAUGAGAGAACCGGGUUCUAGACUUGCCGGGGAGGCAUACGCAUCUAGCAUUCCACAUAGCGACUGA